CACCCGUGUGUUCGCGAUGAAGUGUCUGGGGUGUCUUUGGUGGGUCUUCCAGCACUGCAGGCUCUGCUCUAUCACUGUCAGUAUUUCCAGCAUGUGGGUCUCUCUGCCUCCAAUUGUUACUGCGGCAGGUACACUUUCUACAUCCAGCCUCGUGUUGGCUCUCACUGUGGCCCAAGACUUCAGGAGAGCGCCUCAUCGGAUUCUGAGAAUUCUCUGUGGCUUUCGGGACGCAACCCACCAGCACCCACAGUCAACUCCAGCAGACCCUCCAGCUCUCUCUCCACCUCUAGCACUGUGAUAAGAGAUUCAAGGCCACACUCCCCAAAGGCUCCCUCCCCACUGAGUAUGACACAAGAUACCCCUGUCAGCAGACUGAUGGCUCAAGGCCAGAGCGACACAGACACCAGCAACUCUAUUACCUCGCAGGACUCCCGACAGGGCGAGCCCUUGGCCGUGGAACCCGUUGUCAAGGUAACGCCUGACCUCCUGACGGCCCACUGCGGCCUGCUGACCAACCUGCUGGCCAUCCUGCCAGACUUCACCCUCACUGCCAUCCGACAUAACCAGCUCCUUCAAGCUCUGGCCAGUCUGGUGGCUCUUGGCUCCGUUGAAAAGUGUCUGACUGAGCUGAAGACGCCAAACAUCCUUCCAGGAGAGAGAGAGGACAUCAAACGCCAGUUUGUCACCAUACUUCAGUUCCUGUCCAGCUUUUCAAAACUCCUGCAGUCAUAUGUCACAGUGAGCGAGGAGCCGAUUGGACAGAUGGACUUCCUGAAGAAGCUGUUGUCUUCUCUGGUGGCUGUGCUCAUGCUGGAUACUAAUGGUUUAGACGCAGGUACCCGGGACGUGGUUUGUAUGUGCUGGGUAGACGUGUUUAUGCUCCUGGCUACUCUGGUGAAGAGGGACGGCUCAGCAGCGCACCCAUCUGUCUGUGCUGCGCUGGGGAGACACUGGCGAGCGUUUGCAGGAACGUUAUCGGUGUGCGUAAAUGAGAGGUUUGCGCAGCCUCUCCUUCACACGGUGGCUCUGCAGUUUCUCUGUACAGUUUUCACAGAGGAAACAAAGAGCCGCAGUCAAGAGGUCACAACCUCAAACUCAAAGUAUGUCAGAUCUCUCUCAGACGUCCUGAAUAGUCCCUCAGCCAGCGAGCUGUGUGAGCUCUUAUUACAGAGCUUUGAGAAGAGGACCACUCAGGACCCUUUAAAGAAGCUUACAGCUAGAGCUCUGAUGACACUGCUAGCCUGCAGCCCCACAGCUCAAAACUAUGCAGUUAAAGCUGGUUUAAUUGACACCUGUGUGGAGCAGCUGAAGCAAACUCAUACCCAGCUCCACUUGGAGUCAGUCCGGCCCAGCAAGGCUUCCCACCGCAAAAAGGAAGAGGGCUAUUUGAAGGAAGUCAAGCUGACUGUGGAGAUCCUGCGGAGUGCUCUUUAUUGCAAUGAUGAAUGCAAAGUGGUUGCCACAGAUGCUCACCUAACACAGGCGCUCAAUGCCCUUUGGCCUUGGCUCCUAUUGGACGACGCAACUAUGGAGGCGGUUCUGGAGCUUCUGUGCGUUUACACGGCCAACUGCACAACAGCAUGCAGUUCUCUUUGUGGCAGUGGCCCUGGCCUUGUACCAGGAUCUAAAAGCUCCUCCACUAGCUCACUGAUGCACUCUGUCAUGAAACUGGCUUCAGCGCUUGCCCCAGAUAACAGCAUCAUCCAGAAUCUGGCUUUCUCCCUCUUGGCUAACCUAGUCAUGUCCCGUGACUGCAGAUGUCUCCUGCAGAAGAAUAACUUCCUUCAAGCCUUCUUGUCAGUACCGGUGCCCAAGGCUGCUGGUGUUAAAGCCACGUCUGUAAGUAGUGGUUGGAGCCUUCUGGGCCUAUGGCUGAGACUGCUGGCCAGUCUCUCAUUCACAGAGGACGGCCAGCAGAGUAUCCUCAGGCUGACCGGAGCACUGGAACUGCUGGCAGACUUGGCACCACAUCGACGGCACGCGCUGCUCACCCUUCAGAACCUCUGCUUCUGCCCUGCCAACAAGUCACACGUCAUUGCCAAUGACAAAGCCAUGAAGGUGCUGCUAUCCUGCCUCGAAAGUAAAGUGAUGGAGACCCGCUGUAUGGGAGCUUCUGCAAUUUGGGCAUUGCUCCAUAACAAUCAGAGGGCCAAGACUGCUUUGAAGUGUCCUUCUGUUAGAUUGAGAAUUGAGAAGGCUCAUACCAUCGCAAAGAAGGAUGCAGACAGCAACCAGGAACACAUGAACACCUACCUACUGGAGUGCCUUGAAAACAUUUCUCAGCUGCUAAAUACUUGAACGGUGUUUGUUUUUUAUGGA